UUCCAUCUUUGUUACGAACAGGCCACUGGAAGGAAGUCUGCCCAAGACAUUCUGACAAGUGUGUACUAGUAGUGUGUGACCAUUAUCGUCGUCUCGCAUAAGCCAAAACCUUUGAAAUGCGCUUCUUUGUGGUUCUAGCCGCCUUUCUGGCCGUGGCAUCGGCUGAUAUAGGGAUCAAGCUGCGCCAGGGAGCAGCGGCCGGUAGCAGUAGCUACGCCGGUAGCCAAAGCGCAGUGAGCAUCGAUUACUCACCCGCCGUCUUCGAAGACACGGUCGUCGAUGGAGCUGCACCCGGUGCCAGUGCCGGCUCAUACGGUGGAGCCGGCUCGUACGGCGGCGCUUCCUCCGGAGCGUCCAGCAAUGGCUACGCAGGCGCUGCCAGCGGUUCUCAAUACAACCAGGUGGGACUUUUUGGCGGUGCUGGUGCGUCUGCCGGGUCGUCUGCAACUGCCGGAUCAUUUGGUGGGGCCGGUUCAUACGCAGGAUCUAACGUUAACAGCUUCGCCAGUAGUGGCGCGUUCGGCUCUUCUUCGGCCGGUGCAUCCGCCUUUGCCCAGGCCAAGACGGUGGUCCACUAUGACACCCCGGAGGUCCUGAAGAACUUCUACUAUCACGUAGCGCAGGACGAUGCGAUCGCUAAAACCGAAACCAAAACCCUCACCAUCAAACCCCGCAAGCACUACAAGGUCAUCUUCAUCAAGGCUCCUUCUGCCAGCGCCAACGCCGAUUCAUUGGCCAAGACGGCUAGCCAAACGGAGGAGAAGACGAUCGUCUAUGUGCUCGUCAACAAGCAGGCUAAGGCAAAUGCCAAUAGUUCCGCCUUGGACGCAAGCUCUUACUCCUCUGCUAAGCCGGAGGUAUACUUCGUCAAGUACCAGGGUGCUCAGGCUACCUCUAGUUCAAGCUCUAAUUCGCAAUCGGGUGGAUCGAUUGCCAUCAGCAAUGCCAAUGCUGGCGCUGAUGCAAAUGGUUUCUCUGGCGCUGGAGCCAAAGCUUACGCUGGCACUGGUGUUGAAUAUGAAAGUGUUGGUGUUAACACUGAUGGGACUUCAUUCGCUAAAGCUGAUGCAUCGGCCGGAAACACCGGAUACAACUCUGUCGGAGCUUCUGCCCAAGCUGCUGCCCGAUCCACGGCCGGAGGACUGGCAUUUGCGCCCUAGUAUGGCCCGCACACAGGAAGAAAGCGAUCCCAAAGCGUCUGUGUUCAGCCUCAACGGCUGGAACGAUGCAGCAUUACUCAAGGAAAUCGAACAGUCACAUUGAAAAACCGAACAAGUACGAAUCGCACAGAUUUGGCUCAAACCAGAAAUAAUGAGUCGAGCUGACGGCUUCGUGAUGUAACUAGUACCUUUCGAGUAGAGCUUUUCCCUCUACACGUAUUCCUUUGCCUCUUCCUCUUAGUCACCGUGAUCAGGACUUUUCCUCUCCCUUUGUACAUUAAACGUAAGCAACGUAAGAUAGGUUUAUUUUUCCCUUGAGCGUCGUCGAACGAUCUGGACGUGGGUGACAGUAACGAUCUAGUAGAAUGGAGUUUUGUGUGUACGUAUAGUGAGAAGAAGCCAGCAAUUGUAUCAUAAUAAAAGCGUAUCCACACACA